AUGAAGUCGCAUUUUCCCAACGUCGGCCCCGCAGCGCCGCUCGCCGAGAAGCUGCACCCACAAGCUCCAGACGCUGAAAUGGUCAAAGAGAGUGAAUUCAUCUCCGAUGCAGACAGUGAUACGAUUUCCAAGGAUGCCCAGGCCGGCGUACAGAAGAUGGAGGCCACGACGACGGUCUGGAGCACGUCCCACCUCGUUGCGGCUUACGUUUUAAUCUGGCUUAUUACAUUUUUGGACUCUCUGCAGCAGGGGAUGUCAUUCGCCUUGACGCCUUAUGUAACAAGCAACUUCAACCAGCAUUCGUUGACUGCUGCUACAGGCAUCAUGGCGAGCCUCAUAGGCGGCCUUUUCAAGCUUCCCUUGGCGAAAAUUCUUGAUAUCUGGGGUCGUCCACAAGGUUUUGCCAUUAUGGUUGUCGUAAUGAUCAUCGGCCUCGUUAUGAUGGCAGCAUGUAACAAUGUUCAGACUUUCGCGGCUGCUCAGGUCUUUUACUGGGUUGGUUACAAUGGCAUCACAUACAGCAUGUCCAUCUUUAUCGCUGACACGUCGGCGCUUAAAAAUCGAGGUCUGAUGUUUGCGUUUGCGGCCUCUCCUUAUAUUAUUACAACUUGGACCAGUGGACCCGUUGCCACCGCUUUCCUGAACGGCGCUGGAUUUAGAUGGGGGUUUGGCGUUUUCGCCAUCAUCACUCCAGUCAUCACUUUCCCUCUUUUUGGAUUGUUCAUGUAUAACUAUAAUAAAGCCAAAAAGGCGGGCCUGGUACCGAAACGGGAAAGCAACAGAACGAAACUCGAAUCCUUGAAAUAUUACUUUAUCGAGUUCGACGUGAUUGGUUUAAUUCUUAUUACCGGCGGACUCGCUUUAUUCCUUCUACCAUUCAGCCUUUAUUCUUACCAGCCAGAUGGAUGGAAAUCACCAAUAAUCAUAGGCUUGAUCAUUGUUGGCUGUGUCCUACUUGUUUCAUUCGCUUUAUAUGAACGUUAUUGGGCGCCAGUCACCUUUAUUCCAUUUGAACUCUUAACAGAUCCUACUGUCGUUGGAGCCUGUAUCCUCUCCGCUGUGCUUUUCGUCAGCUGGUACAUCUGGAACAGCUAUUUCUUUUCGUUCCUCCAAGUCGUCCCAAAUUUAAGCAUCACAUACUCGACAUACAUUGGCAACGUCUAUAGUAUCGGUUCUUGCAUCUCAGGAUUGAUAGUUGGCGUUUUAAUCCGUUGGAGUGGACGUUUCAAAUGGAUCGCCUUGUAUUUUGGCGUCCCUGUUACAAUCUUGGGAGUUGGCCUUAUGAUAAAAUUCCGACAGCCAGAUGUGAACGUUGGCUACAUUGUCAUGUGCCAGGUCUUUAUCGCAUUUGCCGGUGGCGCGUGUGUUAUCUGUGAACAAAUGGCGGUAAUGGCCGCUACCUCUCACCAAUACGUUGCCGUUAUUCUUGCAGUCGAGUCGAUGUUUGCGAGUAUCGGUGGAGCUAUCGGAAGUACCGUUGCGGCAGCCGUUUGGACUGGCACUUUUCCAAAGAAGCUUGCUGAGUAUCUCCCAUCUGAGGCACAGGGAAACCUUACUUCAAUCUAUUCCGACCUCAAAGUACAGACGUCGUAUCCCGUUGGAAGCCCGACCAGAAUUGCCAUCAAUAAGGCGUAUGGAGAAGCUCAGAAAUAUAUGCUCAUUGGGGCGACAGCCAUCUUGAGUCUGGGCAUAGUGUCUGUGGCUAUCUGGAGAGAUAUAAAGGUAAAGGACUUCAAGCAAGUCAAGGGUCGGGUUGUUUAG